GGAUCGAACCCGGGUCUCCUGCAUUGCAGGCAGACACUUUAACCUCCGAGCCACUUGGAGAAUAUCUUGUAAAUUAAUGGAAAAUUUAGCAAAACAAUUCCUACAUUCAUUAAAAGAACUCAUGAUUUUUUGUCUUAUAAGUGUUUUUUAUUUAAUAUUACAAUUUAGAAUUUUAUCUAAUUUCCAGUUGACAAUCAGCAGCAGUUUGAAAUACUCCAGCUUUUUAGUACCUUUUAAAGUUUUAACUAUAAAACUAAAACUUACAGUUUUAGUUAAGCUAAACUUGUAGUUUUUAACUACAAGGCUGAAUAGUAUUCCCCUGGAUGAAACACAUCCAGUGAUGAGCUAUAUCUGUUAUGGAUGAACCACAGUUUGUUUAUCCGUUUAUAAAUUGAUAGGCCUUUGGUUUGCUUCCAGCUUUUGACCUGCUACCAUCUGAUAGGCCUGUUGAAUGUAAAUAAUUUCGCAGGACACCAACAUCAAACAAGGCUAGCUGUAAUCAUGAUCAAUCAGGACAAAAAUAAGACAACUUCAUAAUUAGGCCUGAAACCAGAUAUAAGUAAGAACUUUCUCUAAACCACAAAAGUGACAAGACACCCUCCUAUCUUGGCUGAUAGGAGGGCCUGUUGCCUCUUGACCAAUCCCGGCUCAAGCUUUACUUCACUCCCUCCUCUUUAGAUCACGUUCACUGAAAUAUCCACUAAAAGGAAACUUUUCCCAGACAACAUCCAGCGUAGAUCAGAGCCUCCUUCCAUGACUCUCCCCAGCCUUACCCAACACAAGCCCAAACCCUUUUGUCCUAACUUCGUCAAGAUGAGCUUCUUUGGUGACUCACUGGUAAAGAAUCUGCCUGCAAUGCAGGAGAUGAGGGUUCAAUCCCUAUGUUGGAAAGAUCGCCUGGAGGAGGAAAUGGCAACCCACUCUAGUGUUCCUGCCAGGAAGUCGCAUGGAGAGAGGGGCCUGGCGGGCUACAAUCCAUGGGGUUGCAGGAGACACACUACUUAUGGACUAAGCCACCACCACCGAGGUCACCAAUAUGUCGCCAAUAUGCCUGCAGCUCCUCACCGUGAGCUGCUCCCUCCUUGCGCUUGCUCAGCUGCAGUGCAACACAGAAAACCUGAUGCCACCUCUCUGGAUUGUCCGGAACCGAUUGUUUUCCCAGCUGUAUUGUGGACUGAAGUCUCCAAUCUCCACACAAACCAAGAUUUGCCUAACAAUGGCUCGUCCAAGUUCAAAUAUGGCCGACUUCCGGAAGUGUUUUGCGAAAGCCAAGCACAUAGUCGUCAUUUCUGGGGCCGGCAUCAGCGCUGAGAGUGGGGUUCCGACGUUCAGAGGAGCGGGAGGUUACUGGAGGAAAUGGAAAGCCCAGGACCUGGCCACCCCGCAGGCCUUCGCCCGGAACCCGUCCCAGGUGUGGGAGUUCUACCACUACCGGCGGGAGGUGGUGCAGAGCAAGGAGCCCAACGCCGGGCACCUGGCCAUCGCCGAGUGCCAGGCCCGGCUGCACGGGCAGGGCCGACAGGUGGUGGUCAUCACCCAGAACAUCGACGAGCUGCACCGCAAGGCUGGCACCAAGAACCUUCUGGAAAUCCAUGGUAGCUUAUUUAAAACUCGAUGUACCUCUUGUGGAGUUGUGGCUGAGAACUAUAAGAGUCCAAUUUGUCCGGCUUUAUCAGGAAAAGGGGCUCCAGACCCCACAACUCAAGAUGCCGGAAUCCCAGUGGAGCAACUGCCCCGGUGUGAAGAGCCAGGAUGUGGGGGCCUGCUGCGACCUCACGUGGUGUGGUUUGGAGAAAACCUGGACCCUGCCAUCCUGGAGGAGGUUGACAAAGAGCUGGCCCUCUGUGACUUGUGUCUCGUGGUGGGGACUUCCUCCGUGGUCUACCCUGCUGCCAUGUUUGCCCCCCAGGUGUCAGCCCGCGGCGUGCCCGUGGCCGAAUUCAACAUGGAAACCACCCCGGCCACGAACAGAUUCAGGUUUCAUUUCCAGGGGCCAUGUGGGACAACUCUUCCUGAAGCCCUCGCUCCUCAUGAAACUGAAACUGUUUCAUAGCCAUCCUGGGGAAGGAAGAAAUCUAAGUACCAAGCCACCAGCAGGGGAGGCAGUCUUGUGGGUGGUGAGCCAAAUACUGGAAAGUCUGAAAAUAUCUUUUGAUUGCCGGGCUGGAAUCCAAACUGCUGAUGGUUGAUGGGGACUUGGAAGCAACAGUAGUAACUGUGUUCAGAAGGAGAAGUCACAGGACUUCUGAAGUCAGUUCCUGUUAUUUUGUUUGAUCCUAAACAUAAGUCUGAUAUGUUUGGUUGGUUACUGGGUAACUUUGUAAUUAGAUUGUCUAAAAGUGAUUCUGCUGAUUGUGUUUUUGCUAUUUGGGCAGAGAUAGAAAUAGAGGGGUAAAACUCGGGUAUUUCUGAUUGUUGCGCAAGGUUUGGUGGAAAAUGAAAUCACUCUCUAUGCAGGUAACUUAUUG